AGCGCCUCUACAUCGAGCGGUGGCCUCGGGGCCAGAUAAAGUCAAGAAACAUGCCGUCACCAAGUUGAGCCACCCGCCUAUUUCUUCAACCUCUUUCGCUGCCGGUCGAUGAAUAGCCAACAUAUUGCCGUCGCCAUCGUCGUCCUUGCAGACGUUCUCGGGUUCCCCAUCCGGGGCCGCUUCGGUAGUGGUGAAUCAGUGGCCUCUUGGACGCAGGUAGAGAGAUAUAAUACCCUAGGGGAUAUGUUGCUAGCUCGAGUUGGGUUGCAAGAUGUGCUAGUGCGACAUGAAGCUCGAGUUGUGGUUGCAAGAUGUGCCAGUGCCCGACAUGAAGCUAAGCUCACCAAAACAACCAUCUCUCACAUAAACCAUCCUUUCCAUGGCUAAAAACAACCAUCUCUCACAUAAACCAUGCUCCACAUAGCUGAAAAAAACCAUCCCUCACAUAAA